UCUCUCUCUCUCUCUCUCUCUCUCUCAUGGCGUCGCGCGCUCUCCUCCUCGCUCUCGCGAUCUCCGCGUUCCUCCUCCUCUCCGCCUCCGGCGCCGGCGCGAACGGCGGCGCCGCCAACGACCUCGACGACGAGGACCUCAGCUUCCUCGAGGACGGCGACGAAGCCGCCCCCCACCACGGCUCCGAGGAACCCUCCUUCGGAGGCGACAGCGACGAGCUCGGGGACUUCGACCCCGCCGAGCUCGACGACGAGGAGGACGGCGUCGAGCCCUACUCGGCGGCGGGGGCGGGGGCCGAGAUCGACGAGAGCGACGUGGUGGUGCUCGCCGAGGGCAACUUCAGCGAGUUCCUCGCCUCGCGCCGCCACGUGAUGGUGGAGUUCUACGCGCCGUGGUGCAUGCACUGCCAGGCGCUGACCCCGGAGUACGCCGCGGCGGCCACGGCGCUCCGCGGCGAGGACGUGGCCCUCGCCAAGGUCGACGCCACCGAGGAGAAUGACCUCGCCCAGAGGUACGAGAUCCAGGGGUUCCCCACCGUGCUCUUCUUCGUCGACGGCGUUCACAGAGACUACCCCGGAGCAAGGAGCAGAGAUGCUAUAGUGACAUGGAUCAAGAAGAAGAUAGGCCCUGGAGUCCAGAAUAUCACCACAGUUGAUGAGGCAGAGAAGAUAUUAACUUCUGAAGAUAAAGUUGUUUUGGGCUUCCUCGACUCUUUGGUGGGUGCUCACAGCGACGAGCUUUCUGCAGCUUCAAAGCUUGAAGAUGAGGUUAAUUUCUACCAGACUGUCAACCCUGAUGUAGCCAAGCUUUUCCACAUUGAUCCGAAAGAGAACCACCCGCCAUCUUUGAUAUUGCUGAAGAAGGAGGCUGAGAAAUUAGCCUACUUUGAUGGAGAGUUCACUAAGUCUAGCAUUGCUGACUUUGUGUUUGCAAACAAGCUUCCAUUGGUGACCACAUUUACCAGGGAAAGUGCCCCUGCAAUUUUUGAUAAUCCUAUAAAGCAGCAGAUUCUGCUCUUUGCUACAUCGAAUGAAUCUGAGAAGAUCGUGCCAACAUUCCAAGAAGCUGCAAAACUGUUCAAGGGAAAGCUCAUCUUUAUUUAUGUGGAGAGGGAUAAUGAGGAUGUCGGUGUACCAGUUUCAAAUUACUUCGGUGUGACUGGAGAUGGUCCUAAAGUUUUGGCAUACUCAGGAAAUGAAGAUGCCAAGAAAUAUAUACUCGAUGGUGAGCUAUCAUUGGACAGCAUAAAGAAAUUUGCCGAGGGUUUCUUGGAAGACAAGCUGAAGCCUUUCUACAAAUCUGACCCCAUUCCUGAGACUAACGAUGGUGAUGUGAAGAUUGUUGUUGGGAACAAUUUUGAUGAGAUAGUUCUCGAUGAAUCCAAGGAUGUCCUCCUAGAGAUCUAUGCACCAUGGUGUGGGCAUUGUCAAGCAUUGGAACCGGUUUACAACAAGCUCGCCAAGCAUCUCCGCGGCAUUGACUCUCUAGUCAUCGCAAAAAUGGACGGCACCACAAAUGAGCACCCUCGUGCCAAGACCGAUGGCUUCCCGACUCUGCUCUUCUUCCCAGCAGGGAACAAAAGCUUUGAACCCGUCACGGUCGAUACAGAUCGAACGGUGGUGGCGUUCUACAAGUUCAUAAAGAAGCACGCCUCGAUCCCAUUCAAGCUCCAGAGGCCGGACUCGGCAACAAAGUCCGAGAGCACCGCCGCUGGCGAUUCCUCUGCAGUGGAGAGUGAGAAGAGUACCAGCUCUGACGUUAAGGACGAGUUGUAGAGAGAGAGAGAGAGAGAGAGAGAGAGAGUGAUAGGGAGCUAUUCUAGGGUUUUUUUUGUCAGGGAAGGAUGAUGUUCUUUUAAGUUAUCUGAGCAGGUAUUUAAAGAGCUUUUCGGCGUAGCAUUAGUUGCCCGGGAAAUGUGAUCUCAAGAGUAGUUUAUCUUGAUACACCUCCUGUAAGAUAAGGAAACUGGAAACUAAUAAGAGUGUCAACUCUCCGUUUUUCA